AUGAGGAGGUAGUAUUGUAGAAUAAUUAAUUAGAUUAAAUCGUAAAAAUUAGCAUCCCGCGCAUUCCAGAAAAUAUGGGUUAUCGAAUGCAUAAGACCAUCCAUUAGAAUUUGUUUCAAUGUUUUUCUAAUUAAAUGAAUAUUAAUGGAGUUACCAUGAUACGCACUAACCAUAAUAUUUAUCAAAACAUUCUGCACAAUAAUACUCACAUUUGAUACUUAAUGAUAAUUUUAUCAAUCCUGCAUUGAAAUGGUUAAUUCUUAUCCAAAAGGUUUUUCUUUUAUGUGAAAGACUGAUUGAAAUAUUUUAAACAAAUUAAACUGAUGAAAAGUUACAAGCGAAACUGUAUUAUGAUGAAUUCUCUAUUUAAUAGUCUUUUUAAAUUAAAUCCAAGUAAAAAUUAUUCCAACCGCUCUCAAAACUAUUAACAUAAAAUAAUUAUAAUUACAUUAUAAUUUGUGCAUCUACUUAAACUUGA